AUGGUUCGAGAGAAAGUAAAAGUCUCUACUCGGACACUACAGUGGAAGUGUGUUGAAUCAAGAACAGAUAGUAAGCGUCUUUAUUAUGGACGCUUUAUUCUGUCUCCACUUAUGAAAGGUCAAGCCGACACAAUAGGCAUUGCAAUGCGAAGAGCUUUGCUUGGAGAAAUAGAAGGAACAUGUAUUACACGUGCAAAAUCUGAGAAAAUACCACACGAAUAUUCUACCAUAGUAGGUAUUCAAGAAUCAGUACAUGAAAUUUUAAUGAAUUUGAAAGAAAUUGUAUUGAGAAGUAAUUUGUAUGGAACUCGUAACGCCUUUAUUUGUGCCAAGGGUCCCGGAUAUGUAACUGCUCAAGACAUCAUCUUACCACCUUCUGUGGAAAUCGUUGAUAAUACACAGCAUAUAGCUAGCCUAACUGAACCAAUCGAUUUGUGUAUUGGAUUACAAAUCGAGAGAAAUAGAGGAUACCGUAUAAAAACGCCAAAUAACUUUCACGACGGAAGUUAUCCUCUAGAUGCUGUAUUCAUGCCUGUUCGAAAUGCGAAUCAUAGUAUUCAUUGUUAUGGGAAUGAUAAUGAAAAACAGGAGAUACUUUUUCUAGAAAUAUGGACAAAUGGAAGUUUAACUCCUAAAGAAGCACUUCAUGAAGCCUCUCGGAAUUUGAUUGAUUUAUUUAUUCCUUUUCUACAUGCGGAAGAAGAAAACUUACAUUUAGAAAACAAUCAACACAACGUUACUUUACCUUUUUUUCCUUUUCAUGAUAGAUUAGCUAAACUAAGAAAAAAAAAAAAAGAAAUAGCAUUGAAAUAUAUUUUUAUUGACCAAUCAGAAUUGCCGCCUAGGAUCUAUAAUUGUCUCAAAAAGUCCAAUAUACAUACAUUAUUGGACCUUUUGAAUAACAGUCAAGAAGACCUUAUGAAAAUUGAACAUUUUCGCAUAGAAGAUGUAAAACAAAUAUUGGGCAUUCUAGAAAAGGAGUAG